AUGGUGUCGACAUACGUGGAGACGACUCGGAAGCACUUUGAGGCCAACAACCGGGUGCGGGACCUGUCGGCGCACACGUCGAAAGUGCAUUCAGUCGACUGGAACAGCGACGGUCGACGACUGGCCUCCGGUUCCUUCGACAAGACGGUGUCACUUUUCGGCCUCCAGACGGAUCGGCUCACCAAAGAGCACACAUUCAAAGGCCACUCGGACUCCGUGGACCAGCUGUGUUGGCACCCGACCCACGCCGACCUACUGUCCACCGCAUCGCUCGACCGCACCGUACGCUUAUGGGACGCGCGGACAUCGAAAUGCGUGACCACUGUCCAGACGAAGGGUGAGAACAUCAACAUCUGUUGGUCACCGGACGGGCACACCAUCGCCGUCGGGAACAAAGAGGAUUUGGUGACCUUCGUGGACACCCGCACCCAUAAAGUCCGAGGGGAACAGCCCUUCAAGUUCGAGGUGAACGAGAUCUCGUGGAACAACGACAACGACCUGUUCUUCUUGACCUCAGGUCAGGGUCACGUCCACGUGCUGUCGUACCCACAGUUGCAGCCGCAGCUG